AUGACCAUACCUGCUGAAUUAUCCACUGGAUUUUUGCAAAUCACACAUUUGGCCGAGGCUCUUGGACCUUUAUCAAAGGAGAAAGAGAAAUUGCUAAGUGAUCAUGAUGAUUUGAAAGUCAAACUUAAUCGCGAUUACGAGGAGCAGGUUGAAUUAAAAAGAAACUAUCAACAGGAAGUUGAGGCGCUCCUUAAAGUAACUUCUAAAGUUAAAGAGUAUUAUGAUUUGAAAAAAGGAGAGAGGUUAAAGGAACUGCAAGAAAAGCAAACUCUAUCAGAAUCUCAGCUGCAAAUUUGUGAUACUAGGAAGCAGGAAAUUUUGGCUGAACUGAGCAAAAGUAAAGAUAUGAUGCGGAACCAAGAUCAAGUAAGACGCAACAUUGAGGACAACUUGAAUUUCAGGAAAACAAAGGCUGAAGUAGAUGAGCUUACCCAUGAGAUCGAAUUGCUGGAAGACAGAAUACUGAAGAUUGGUGGGGUUUCCACCUUUGAGGCUGAUCUCGUAAAGAUCGCGCAAGAAAGAGAGAGACUUCUUUCAGAGUUAAACAGGUACCAUGGGACAAUGUCUGUAUAUCAGAGCAAUAUUACAAAAAAUAAGAUUGAUCUUAAACAGGCGCAGUACAAAGACAUUGACAAACGAUAUUUUGAUCAGCUAAUCCAGCUCAAGACAACUGAGAUGGCAAACAAGGACCUAGACAGAUAUUACAAUGCACUUGACAAGUGA